UCCGGAGCGGCGCGGGGCUGGAGGAGGUCUGAUCGCGCUCAGGACGCAGUCGCUCGUCUUUUUUUUUUUUUCUUUCUGUGCUGCUGAAGGAAGCUGGACUUGAAGAGGCAGAGCUCCAGGAUCCAGCAGCAGACUCAGAUCUGAGCCUCACCCAGGCGGAGCAGAGGGGUCCAGCAGCGCGCUGCGUAAAGACGCAGGGACUCGGAUUCACCGGGCACGUUUUCAAACCAGCCUUUUUUUUUUUAAAACGUCUGAUUCAUCUGUAACUUAAAGUGAAAUCAUUUGUAAACAACAUUUUGUUUUAAAUCUGAGGCUCGUUUAAUUCUCCUUUUGUGGAUUUCUUUGCCCUCGGCCCCCCCGGGGAUCGCAGCUCCCAGCAGCUGUCGCUCAUGUUCCGGGAGGCAGCUUCUCACGGAUCUCUAACCGUUUCACGGAGCUGCACGCGUCCGCACAGACUCUGUGAUGAAUCCUCCAAUAUUUGUUCAGWGUGACCGGGACCAGGACUGAUUUUAUUUUAUUUUAUUUUUAACUCCUGCGAGGAGAGAAGCAUCCAGAUUUCCAGACUUUGUGAGUUCCCUGAGGUUGCCAAUGCCAGGGGCCGGAGUGUGAGGCCCCCUCCAGGCUUCCAGCUUCUACAACCUUUCAAACCGUAAAGACACUCAUCACAUCCAGAAGAUGCUGAGGGUCUGCGUGUUCUGCAUCCUGCUGCUCAGUGUGGUGGACAGAGUCGCAGUCAGAGCCGACGGGACCAGGACUAAAGACCUGCGUGCGUCCAGACCUUUGAUGGUGCCAGGCUAUCCGGAGAACACCACGGGGGUGGUGGGGGGUCAGGUGAAACUGGUCUGUAAAGUCCACCGGCCGGCAUCGACCAAGGUUCAGUGGCUGAAAACCGAUUCCAGGAGUUCAGAACAGAGUCAAAGAGGCCCGCCUGGCGUCACGGUGCUGACGCCACUGCAGAGUAACGGGUCCAAGGUGAGCACCCUGCACCUGUCCAACCUCAGCACGGAGGAUGCAGGCAGGUACAUGUGCCUGGCUGAGAGCAGCCACAGAGGACGCACCGUUCAGGCCAUGCAGUCRGCGUGGCUGGAGGUCCUGCCUGGUAGCAUCAUUUCCCAAACUGUAAAAAUGACCAUCGCUGAAAUCACCCCAGAAGUCAUGGAGGACCUGAGCGAGGACACCUCGGAGCACCUCCUGCUGGAACCGGGGAACGUUCUGAAGCUGCGCUGCGACAUGAACACCAGGCCGGGCAUGGCGGUCAGCUGGUACAGGGAGGGGGUGCGACUCCUGCCCACRCCGCGUGUCCAGCUGCGUGGAGCCACCAUGGAGAUCACAGACGUGACGUAUGACGACUCAGGAGUUUACGUUUGUGUUCUCAGAGGAACCAAGAAUCCAGUCAGGAACUUCACCAUCACUGUAGCAGACACGUUUGGGUCGGGGGAUGAUGACGAGGAUAACGGCUUGGAGGACUCGUCAGCCGAGAUAGAAAAUGAUCAAGUUUACUUAUCCAGAAGUCCCUACUGGACCCACACCCAGCGCAUGGAGAAGAAGCUGUAUGCCGUUCCUGCAGGAAACACGGUGAAGUUCCGCUGUCCUGCCAUGGGCAGCCCCAUACCAAACAUCCGCUGGCUGAAAAACGGUCGUGAAUUCAGAGGAGAGCACCGCAUCGGGGGGAUUAAGCUAAGACACCAACACUGGAGCCUGGUGAUGGAAAGYGUGGUGCCCUCAGACAGAGGAAACUACACCUGCGUGGUGGAGAACAAAUAUGGAUCCAUUUCUCACAGCUACGUCCUGGAUGUUCUGGAACGCUCUCCUCACAGACCAAUCCUGCAGGCCGGUUUACCUGCCAACACUACAGCAGUUGUAGGCAGCGAUGUUCAGUUCCACUGCAAGGUCUACAGCGACGCUCAGCCUCACAUUCAGUGGCUGAAGCACAUCGAAAGGAACGGCAGCCGCUCAGGGCCUGAUGGGGCGCCGUAUGUCCAGGUCCUCAAGACUGGCAGCCUGAACAUGUCAGAGGUGGAGGUGUUGUACCUGUCCAAAGUUACCAUGGAAGAUGCAGGGGAGUACACCUGCCUGGCCGGCAAUUCAAUCGGCUAUGCCUACCAGUCUGCCUGGCUCACAGUCCUGUCAGAGGAAGAAGCAGCAAUAUCCAUAGAAACCAUGGAGACCAAGUACACCGACAUCAUCAUCUACGCCUGUGGAUUUGUGGCGUUGAUCAUGGCCAUCAUCAUCGUGGUGUUGUGUCGAAUGCAGGCCCACCCUAGGAGGGAACCUUUUGAUGCCCUUCCUGUACAGAAGCUUUCAAAGUUCCCUCUUCGUAGACAGUAUUCAGUAGAGUCCAACUCAUCAGGAAAGUCCAGCGCGUCCCUGAUGAGGGUGGCUCGACUCUCGUCCGGCUGUUCCCCCAUGCUAGCUGGAGUCAUAGAGUUUGAGUUGCCCUACGAUCCGGAAUGGGAGUUCCCAAGAGAGAAUUUAACUUUGGGAAAACCUUUAGGAGAAGGCUGUUUCGGUCAGGUGGUCAGAGCCGAAGCCUUUGGGAUCAACAAAGACGGUCCGGACCAGGCCACCACUGUGGCRGUCAAGAUGCUCAAAGAUGAUGCCACGGACAAAGACCUGGCCGACCUGAUUUCGGAGAUGGAGCUGAUGAAGGUGAUGGACAAACACAAGAACAUCAUCAACCUCCUGGGGGUCUGCACACAGGAUGGCCCUCUGUAUGUGCUGGUGGAAUACGCCUCCAAAGGCAGUCUGAGGGAGUACCUGCGGGCCAGGAGACCUCCAGGCAUGGAUUACACCUUUGAUGUGACUAAAGUACCCGAGGAGCAGCUCACCUUCAAAGACCUGCUGUCUUGUGCUUACCAGGUGGCCCGAGGGAUGGAGUACCUGGCCUCUAAAAGGUGCAUCCACAGAGACUUGGCAGCCAGGAAUGUUCUGGUGACUGAGGACAACGUGAUGAAGAUCGCCGACUUUGGCCUGGCCAGAGGAGUCCACCAGAUUGACUACUACAAGAAAACCACCAACGGACGACUGCCGGUGAAGUGGAUGGCCCCAGAAGCUUUGUUUGACAGAGUUUACACACACCAAAGUGACGUGUGGUCGUUUGGUGUCCUGAUGUGGGAGAUUUUCACGUUGGGAGGUUCGCCGUACCCUGGUAUUCCUGUUGAGGAGCUUUUCAAGCUGCUGAAGGAGGGUCAUCGCAUGGACAAGCCCUCCAACUGCACACAUGAGCUCUACAUGAUGAUGCGUGAAUGCUGGCAUGCUGUUCCUACCCAGAGACCAACGUUCAAGCAGCUGGUGGAGGAGCUGGACAAAUCUCUGCUGUCCAUCUCUGAUGAGUACUUGGACCUGUCGACACCUUUCGAGCAGUACUCUCCCUCCUGCGAGGACACAUCCAGCUCCUGCUCUUCUGACAACGACUCAGUUUUUACCCACGAUGCCCUGUCCACCGACCCCUGCCUCCUGGCCUACCAGGACGUGCGCUCUCGGAUAGACGUGAAAACRGCCCUCAGAUAGACUUCUAAACCAGAGAGCAUGAACUCUAAAAGCUACGGCUGUUUCAGCUUCUUCAACCAGGAGCKACAGAAGGUCCACUGCUACAUUUCUACAGUCAAAGAUCCGAUUAAAGCCCUUCAAUGUAAGAAGGCAUCCGAACACAGACAGACACGGGGCACUGAGGCCAGUUUCAUCAUAAAGUGGAGUUCUGAAGAAGAAGGAGCUGAGGAGUGGACCAAUCAAAGUUCUGGACCAGCUCUGCCUCUGUGCCAAGAACAGUUGUGACAGUGGCACAAAAACCCAAYAUUUUUAUGGGUUUUAUGGUUCUCCAACCCUUCUUUGAUAAAAAAGAGGACAAAAAUCUCAAACUAAAACAUGAACCCUCACUUAUGAAGGCAUUUUAAUAACAGAAACAGAAUUUAUUUUGCUAUGGUAAAAGGUAAGAAGUUGAUUGUUGAUAUAAAUCUCUUUAUAUAUUUUACUUUUUGUGUUGCUUAUUUAAAAGAAAGUCUUAAAUCUCAGGAUGUCUCACGUUAAGAAGUUGCUGUAGAGGCGGCGAAGUGCCAGAUUGAUGAUUUCCAGUGAAUAUAUUAGAAUAUAAAAAUAUUUUAUGUACAUAUCAA